AUGACGCAUGCAUCACAUCAGGUUGAUGAAACCGUUGUAAACUCUUUGGAUGCCGAUGCGGAAUUGGAGGAAUGCGAAGGGAAGUACCAGGACUUAUCUUCGCUAGUGAGUGAUUACGAAGGCACGAAUAAUGACAACGAGUUUCAUCGUAUUGUGGCUCGUCUUUGGCAUUUGUAUCUCCGAGUGGAGAGAAUUCCGAUUGGAGCAUCUUCCGAUAGUGAGCAAUCGGAAAAAGAAGGACGACUGCAAGAAGCCCGAAGACAGCAAGAAGAGAAAUGGAAGUUAGAAGAACUGCGACUUCGAGGACCUCAGCAGAGAACAGAAGAAAGACUCCCGCACGAGGAAUUGAGAGGUCAAGAAAGAAGAGGACCUCCAGAGGACGACUACCUUCCCAGAUUUUCACUAACUCGAAACGACACAGGCGCUAGUUCCCGGCCCAGAUAUGUCCCAGUCUACAAGUGGGGGCUAAAGUUUGACAACUCCGGACCAAGUAUCGCUGCAUUUCUUGAGAGAGUAGAAGAACUUCGUCGGGCAAGAGGAGUCACACAUCAAGAGCUAUAUGAGUCUGCGGUUGAUUUAUUUGCCGGAUCAGCGCUUGUCUGGUACCGUGCUGCGUCUAUUCGGAUUCAGUCAUGGCAUCAGUUGACGAGGGAGCUCAAAGAAGUCUUUCAGCCUGCGGAUUAUGACAUAAGACUUCAUCAGGAAAUCUUUAAUCGGCUGCAGGGAGAUAAUGAGCCGAUAGAUCUGUAUAUAGCCGCUAUGGAGGGUUUAUAUGGAAGAUUAGCAGUAGCUGUUCCUGAACCUACUCGCUUAGCACAGAUCUAUAAUAACCUGCACCCUCAGCUGCAAGAUCGAUUGGCACUUUGCAGCAUUCAAACUCUUGAACAGUUGAGAUGCAUGGGACGUAGAGCCGAAGCGGGCCGACUAAGUAUGGUUAGAAUAAGGCCCGCAACUACAAGGGAAAAUACCCUUGAACCGGACCUUGCUUAUCACGAUCAGAACCACCCACGAAAACCUUUAUCCGGACGUGUGGCCAGCGUACAGUCUGCAAAUUCAGACCGCCAGGACCCUGUCUGCUGGAAUUGUGGAGAUAAGGGCCACCGCUUCAGGUUUUGUAGUAAACCAAAACGAAGGUUUUGUUUUGGUUGUGGAAAGGAGGACGCAAGGCAAGGGGUCAGAGAGGAAGUAGGUGGUUCUGGCUCCUUGGAUACUGAGACCAUCCCGGCCAUAAACUAUGUCAUUCAUAGCCAACAAGAAGACCAUAGGCCUUAUUUGAAAGUGAGGGUGUUUGGCCGUGAAGUUACCGCCCUCUUAGACUCGGGAGCUUCCCAAACGUUUUUAGGUGGACAUGGAAUGUGGAUUUUGAAUCAGUUUCCCGCUCGCUUUCAGAGUGCCAGUGGACGUUUUGUAGAAACAGCCGACUCAACACGCCAUGAGGACCAGGGCUUUGUCAAUCUACCCAUAACUUUACAGGGCCGUACUAAAAGUCUAAAGGUUUGCAUUGUACCAUCACUGCAGCAUACCUUAAUCCUAGGCAUCGACUUCUGGGAAAUAAUGCACAUUGUUGCGGAUAUGCGCAAUCGGAAGUGGGACUUUGCAACGAAGAGUGUGGAUUUAUUUUGUGGUCAUGUUGAGGGAAUCACAUCGGAAGACAAUCUAACUCUAGCAGAGAGAAAACGGCUACAAGAUCUUCUCGAGGAGCAUUUCGAGGAUGAGCCAUCAACAUUGGGUAGAACAGACCGUGUGAAGCACGUCAUCGACACUGGGGGUGUGCCACCAAUCAAACAGCGGUACUACAAUGUAUCCCCUGCUCGUCAAAAACUUAUCAAUGAGGAGCUAGACCGCAUGUUGCAGUUAGGGGUUGUAGAGCCUUCACAAAGCGCCUGGUCCUCGCCAAUUAUGUUACUGGAUAAACCUGAUGGCAGUAAAAGGUUUGUUGUGGACUUCAGGGCGGUGAAUGCAGUGAGCCGAAAAGACGCCUACCCUCUACCACAGGUGACCGCUAUCCUGGAUAGACUGAGGGACGCUCGAUUCUUAUCUAGCCUGGACAUUAAGAGCGCCUAUUGGCAAAUUGAACUAGACGAGGCAAGUAAGGAGAAGACCGCGUUUGCAAUACCGGGUCGUGGCUUAUACCAGUUCAUCACGAUGCCUUUUGGUCUGUGUGGAGCUCCCGCAACAUGGCAGCGCUUCGUGGACACAGUCUUGGGACCAGAGCUGGAGCCGAAUGUCUUCGUCUAUCUAGACGACAUUAUAGUUGUGACAUCUACAUUUGAGUCCCAUCUUAAAACCUUGAAAGAGAUAUUUAUAAGAGUUCGUGAAGCAAAGCUCACCCUCAAUAGAGAAAAGUGCAAGUUUUGCAGGAGAGAACUGAAGUACCUGGACUAUAUUGUCAGUGGGGAGGGUUUGCGAGUCGACCCUGAAAAAGUAAAGGCGAUUGUGGAUAUCCCAAUCCUCCGGAACCAAAAGGAGGUUCGUCAAUUUACUGGAAUGGCCUCGUGGUACAGACGCUUCAUUCCCAACUUCGCGUCACGUAUGACUCCUUUGACUUCCUUACUGAAACGGAGAAAUCAGUUCAAAUGGACUCCAGAAGCCGAGAUGGCCUUCCAGGACGUAAAAUCCUGCCUGAUUAGCGCUCCAAUAUUAUCCUGUCCAGACUUUUCGAAGCCUUUCACAAUCUCCUGUGACGCCUCAGGCGUGGGGAUCGGCGCUGUUCUUAGCCAAGACAGUGAGCAAGGAGAAAGUGUUGUUGCCUAUGCCAGCCGCACAUUAACUCGGCAAGAGCAGAACUUCUCGGCCACUGAAAGGGAGUGCCUUGCGGUGAUCUUUGCUGUGGAGAAAUUCCGGCCUUACGUGGAAGGAACCAGGUUCACGGUCGUGACAGACCACUAUAGUUUGCUUUGGCUAAGUAACUUGAAGGACCCGACAGGACGUCUGGCUCGUUGGGCUCUGCGAUUGCAGCCCUAUGAUUUUCACCUAGUACACCGUAAGGGGCAAGAGAACGUUUGUGCCAGAUCUUCUCUCUCGGACCACUCCACCGAUAUCGACUGA